AUGGAACAGAAGAGCCCUCAGUUUUGUGAGAGUCCUCGAAAGAUUGUGAAAAGUCCCUUUUACGUGGCUGUGCGUGCUCAUAUCAAGGCUAAGAGGCGUGCCCAGGGUGUGGAUUUGGAAACUGAUCAGGAGUCACAAAUAACAGACGUGUCCGGGAUUUACAGGAUGCAAGCAUCCAUGAUUAUCUCAGGCAAGGCUUCUCGAAGUGCAGCCCCAGAACCGUCAGCACCUGUGUCACCUGGGCACGUGUCAGAAAGGGUCAUUGUUGCAGUGCCGAGGAAUCAGGAAGACAAAGCUUUCGGUGGAGGCCAUGAAGUUUGCCUCUUUCAAGGACUUGGCAUUUUCCAUCUUCUGGUGGUGAAGCCAGUGGCCGGGGGAGAAAAGAAGAGAUGGAUGCAGAGGCUGAAGAUAAAACGCUACGCACCCGCGCUAAAGGAGCCAAGGGAGCUGGUCCAGGGGCCGGGAGAGGGCUGGGCAGAGCAGGAGGCAGAUAGUGAUGCGGUUGCUAUGGAAGCCUCGGCUGCUCCCCCCGGGGGCUCUGGUGUUGAGGCUGCUCUUCAGCAGCAUUUGCCCUGCUCCUCAUCUACUUCCUCUUCACCCCAUGCCCUUCCUCCUUGGCAUGCUCCUCUGCUCAGCUACGGCGCUUACCUGGUGGCGGGAGAAGGUCUGCCCUCUCAGCAGAGUGUCACUUGCAAGCCAGCAUCUCGGCUUUGCCUUCCAGGGGUUAGCCUGUCCCUCCAGCAGGUCCGAGCUUCCAGGAUGCUGCGGGGAGAGUUUGUGGGGUUGCUUGGUACCAGUAUCAGCCUGAUGGUGGUGGAGCACAAGGAGCACAGUCAGAACGGGGCUGCUGCCUACGAUUGCGCCCCAGCUAAGAAGAGGAGAGCCGGGGAGCAGGCUCUGGGGGUCCCGAUCAACAAGAGGAAGUCCCUGCUCAUGAAGCCGCGGCACUACAGCCCCCGCGUGGACCGUGAAGAGGGCCGCGCGCACCGCACGGAGGCAGAGGGGCAGGACGGCCCCCUGGAGACCGACCACCACCCCAGCGCAGAUGAAAUCCUGAUAAAACCCAUGGAUGACAAGCUUCCUUCACCUGCACAAGAAAACUCUGAUGGGAAGGAAGACAGAUACGGCUGUUACCAAGAGUUCACGGUCACAUCUCUAAUGCAUUUGGGGAAAUUUGAAAAAAAUGCAUCUAUUCAGACAGCAAGUGGAAACUUAAAUGAUAGCAGCAUCCAGUCCCUGAAAGCAGAGGCGGGUGACGGAGGCGAGCUCCUGACGGCACACUCUGACGGCGGAAAGGACCCAACAGAGGACCCCCAGCUGCAGUUCUGCUGCUCUGACGACAAUGAGAGUCACCCUGAAAGUGCCGAGAACAGCUGGGACAGUGGCUCCAACUUCUCAGAAGAAACCAAACCUCAGAGGGUCUCCAGGUACGUUGCAGUGGAUGAUGGGAAAGGCCUGUUGGAAGUUCCCGAAAUAAAAACAGAAGGUGACAAGUUCCUCUCUUGUGAAAACGCGUGUGAUUCGGAGGCAGAAGGGACCACCGUGCAGACCGCUCAUGCGCACGGGGACCAGUCCGAUGGCAAAGCCCAGCCCUUGCUCCCCGGGGUUGAGGGGCAGGAUCGCGGGUGCCUGGCCUCAGUGACGGGUGCCGAGGAGCCUGCCGAGCUGGAGAAAGCCAAGGGGAACUUGAGUUUGCUGGAGCAGGCGAUCGCCCUGCAGGCUGAGCGAGGCUGUGUUUUCCACCACACCUACAAGGAGCUGGACAGGUUUCUGCUGGAGCACCUCUCGGGGGACAUGAGGCAAACCAAAGUUACCGACAUGAGCGGAAGACAAGCCUUUCACAAUAAACAUUCCCCGAGGCCCGAGAAGAGGGAGACCAGGUGCCCCAUCCCCGGGUGCGACGGCACGGGCCACGUGACCGGGCUCUACCCCCACCACCGCAGCCUUUCUGGGUGCCCCCACAAAGUGCGGGUCCCCCUGGAGAUUCUUGCCAUGCAUGAAAAUGUGCUCAAGUGCCCCACCCCAGGAUGCACAGGACGAGGACACGUCAACAGCAACCGCAACACUCACAGGAGCCUUUCUGGUUGUCCAAUUGCUGCAGCUGAAAAACUGGCCAUGUCCCAGGACAAGAGUCAGCUUGAUUCUCCCAAAGCCGGGCAGUGUCCUGACCAGGGUCACAGGACAAGCUUGGUGAAGCAGAUCGAAUUCAAUUUCCGAUCACAAGCCAUCACCUCUUCCAGAGCCACGGUGUCAAAAGAACAAGAGAAGUUUGGCAAAGUACCUUUUGAUUAUGCCAGUUUUGACGCCCAGGUUUUUGGUAAACGCCCUCUCGUACAGACAGGUCAAGGACGAAAAACACCACCAUUUCCUGAAUCAAAGCAUUUUUCCAAUCCAGGGAAAUUUCCCAAUCGGCUGCCCAGCGCCGGCGCCCACACACAGAGCCCUUGCCGUGCCAGCUCUUAUAGCUACGGUCAGUGCAGCGAAGACACCCACAUAGCGGCAGCUGCUGCCAUCCUGAACCUUUCCACUCGCUGCAGGCAGGCUGCAGGCAUCCUCUCCAACAAGCCGCAGAGCCUGCAUGCCAAGGGAGCCGAGAUAGAAGUGGAUGAAAAUGGCACGUUGGACUUAAGCAUGAAAAGAAAUCGCAUCCUGGACAAAGCCACGCCCCUAACUUCCACGAACGCUUCUAUUCCCACCGCUUCCUCUUCCUCACUCAAAACCAGCAGCAUUUUGGUCAAUGCCGCGUUCUACCAGGCCCUCUGCGACCAGGAGGGCUGGGACACGCCUAUCAACUAUAGCAAAGCCCAGGGGAAGACAGACGAGGGGAACGAGAAAGACCCCGUGAGCUCUCUAGAAAGCUUAGAGGAAAAGAAGUUUCCUGGAGAGGCCUCCAUACCAAGCCCUAAACCCAAGCUCCACACGAGAGACCUCAAAAAAGAGCUGAUCACCUGCCCAACGCCAGGAUGCGACGGGAGCGGCCACGUUACAGGAAACUAUGCCUCCCACCGCAGUGUUUCCGGCUGUCCCCUGGCGGAUAAGACUCUGAAAUCCCUCAUGGCGGCCAACUCGCAGGAGCUGAAGUGUCCCACCCCAGGCUGUGAUGGUUCGGGGCAUGUGACGGGAAACUACGCCUCCCACAGAAGCCUGUCCGGCUGCCCACGUGCCAGGAAAGGUGGCGUCAAGGUGACCCCUACGAAGGAAGAAAAAGAAGACCCUGAGCUCAAAUGCCCUGUGAUCGGAUGUGAUGGCCAAGGUCACAUAUCCGGUAAAUACACAUCCCACCGCACUGCCUCAGGCUGCCCCCUGGCUGCCAAGAGGCAGAAGGAGAACCCGCUGAAUGGGGCCCCCCUGUCCUGGAAACUGAACAAACAGGAGCUGCCCCACUGCCCCCUGCCUGGCUGCAACGGGCUGGGCCACGUCAACAACGUGUUCGUCACCCACAGGAGCUUAUCUGGAUGUCCCCUCAAUGCACAGGCCAUCAAGAAGGGCAAGGUCUCCGAAGAACUAAUGACCAUCAAGCUCAAAGCAACUGGAGGCAUAGAGAGUGAUGAAGAAAUUAGGCAUUUGGAUGAAGAAAUAAAGGAACUCAACGAGUCCAACCUUAAAAUUGAAGCAGAUAUGAUGAAACUCCAGACGCAGAUCACAUCUAUGGAGAGCAACUUAAAGACGAUAGAGGAGGAGAACAAACUGAUAGAACAGAACAACGAGAGCUUGCUGAAGGAGCUGGCGGGGCUGAGCCAAGCCCUCAUUUCCAGCCUCGCUGACAUCCAGCUCCCACAGAUGGGGCCCAUCAGUGAGCAGAAUUUUGAGGCGUAUGUCAACACGCUCACGGACAUGUACAGCCACCUGGAGCGGGACUACUCCCCGGAAUGCAAGGCUCUGCUGGAGAGCAUCAAGCAGGCUGUAAAGGGCAUCCACGUAUAGGACCCCACGCCGCCCGCGGGCCGCGCCACCUGCAGCUACGCAGCCCCGCAGGCGGAUCCAGAGGGGCUCCAGCCACAGAGGCAGGCAGGUGCUCUACCCGUUACACUUGCAACGUUGCACUAACUUCUCCCCCCAGCUGACGUGAAAAGGAAAGAAAAACUAUGAUAGACUCUUUGGAUUAAA